AUGGCGCUUCUUCAAUACAAGGCUCCUGUCAACUAUGAAGCUCAUCAAGAGGCUUUUGAGGACUUUUUAUCCACUUUCAAAACUUCUCCGACUACGAACAUUACCCAUGCUUUGGGCGGCAUGAAUAUUGAUGAGGAUGAUUUCAGUGACGAAUACGAUAUGAUGGAUGAUGAAGAUGACCAGAACUUAAGGAGACAAAAUAGAGCUCAAGCAAAGGUGCCCAAACUCAAAUACAUGGACCUGCUGCAAAAGGUCGCAGAUAGAUACGAGGAUGAAAUCACAAUUGAGCUUGAUGAUCUAGCCAAAUAUGAUGAUUUAUUGGAUGAAGCUGGAACUCCUCUGAAUCUAGUCAAUUCGAUCGAAACUAAUGCGAAGCAUUAUUUGGAUAUCUUGUCUAGGGCGGUUGAUGCAGUGAUGCCACAACCCACAAGAGAAAUCAAUUACAAGGAUGAUGUACUUGAUGUUCUCAUGUCACAGCGAACAGCUCGAAACAAUGCUUUACGCCGUGCUGCUGCCGAGCAAAGCGAUAUAACUGUUGAGCCAGAACUUUUUCCCGCCGAACUUACAAGAAGAUAUACCCUGAAUUUCAAGCCAUUGACCGCUUCUGGAGAUAUUUCAAAAAAGGCUUUGGCAGUGCGACAAGUACGUGGUGAACAUCUUGGUUGUCUUAUUACAGUUAGAGGUAUUACUACAAGAGUUUCGGAUGUCAAACCAACUGUGGAAGUCAACGCAUAUACUUGUGAUAGAUGCGGUUUGCGACGUAUAAAUCCUGGAGACGUUGUUGAUAUCGCAGGAAUUUUCCUACCUACUCCAUAUACUGGUUUCAAAGCUAUCAGAGCUGGUCUUCUCACCGAUACGUAUCUUGAGGCACAACACGUCACUCAACACAAAAAGGCUUACGAAGAUUUAACGAUCGAUAGCCGAGUAUUCAAGCGAAUUGAGCAAUACAGAGCCUCUGGUCACGUUUACGAAUACCUUGCAAAAUCUAUCGCGCCUGAAAUUUACGGACACUUGGAUGUAAAGAAGGCAUUACUUUUGUUAUUGGUCGGUGGAGUUACUAAAACUAUGGGUGAUGGAAUGCGAAUUAGAGGUGAUAUCAAUAUCUGUUUGAUGGGUGACCCGGGAGUGGCCAAAUCUCAACUACUCAAGUACAUCACUAAAGUGGCACCAAGAGGAGUUUACACCACCGGUCGAGGAAGCAGUGGUGUCGGUCUUACUGCUGCUGUAAUGAAGGAUCCAGUAACUGAUGAAAUGAUUUUGGAAGGUGGUGCAUUGGUACUUGCUGAUAAUGGUAUCUGCUGUAUUGAUGAAUUUGACAAGAUGGAUGACACCGAUCGAACAGCAAUCCACGAAGUUAUGGAACAACAAACAAUUUCUAUUUCCAAGGCUGGAAUUUCCACGACACUGAAUGCUAGAACUUCCAUUUUAGCAGCAGCUAAUCCUCUGUAUGGCCGAUACAAUCCCAGGAUAUCUCCGGUCGAGAACAUCAACCUUCCAGCAGCUUUACUUUCUCGUUUUGAUGUACUAUUUCUCAUACUUGAUACUCCUACCAGAGAUAAUGAUGCCCUCCUUGCUCGCCACGUCACUUACGUUCACAUGAACAACAAACAUCCUGAUACUGACGGUGUUGUUUUCUCGCCACAAGAAGUCCGUCAAUACGUUGCUCAAGCUAGAUCCUAUCGUCCAACCGUCCCAACGAGCGUCUCUGAGUAUAUGGUAAAAGCUUACGUCAGAAUGCGCGACCAACAAUCUCGUGACGAGAAAAACAAGAAACAAUUUGCUCAUACAUCUCCUCGUACCCUUCUUGGUGUCCUCCGUCUAUCACAAGCUCUUGCUCGAUUACGUUUCAGUGAAGAAGUCGUUCAGGAUGAUGUUGAUGAAGCGCUUAGACUUGUCGAGGCAUCGAAGGAGAGCUUGUAUGCUGAUCAAGAUGGAUAUAGAAAGGAUUCAAGUCCAAGUAGUAGAAUUUACAACAUGGUUAGAGCUUUGGCUGAAGCUGGUCAAUGCCGACCGGAAGAGGCGGAUGAUGAAGAUGACGAAGAGACUUUGGGAAUGGAGUUGAGUAUGAAGAAGGUCAAGGAGAGAGUUAUUGCCAAGGGAUUCACGGAGGAUCAAUGGAGAAAUGCUGUAUUGGAAUACACUGAUCUUGAUAUUUGGCAAACUGCUGGUAACGGAACGAGAUUAUUAUUCGUCAUGUCAGAGGCAGCACACAUGGCGAGAGAUGAAGAAUAUGAAAUGGAGUAA